AUAUUAUUUGUACACCUAUAAAAAAAAACCGUGCAAAAAGAAAAAAAUUAUCUUUUUAAAAAAAAUAUUACAAUAUUAUAUUAUUGGGAUUAAUAAUUUCAGUAAUUAUUUUUGGUAUACGGCGAUUUUGAAAAAAUUAAUUAAGUAGAAAACGAUUCCAGAUGUACAACCCUAACUAGCAUAUAUGUCACUAUAUAUACUAUCUGACUGGGUUAAGUCAUCGACCACAGACCACUGUCUCUUUCCAACAUAAAGAUUUCGAGCAAAACGGUGUUCUUCCUGCAUAGCAAAAUCAAGAAUGAUGGUGAAUUUUGGGGUAUUCACUACUGAACAAGAGAGAAAUUUUCGUCUUCAAGUUGUUAGAAGAAUCAUAAGAGAAUCAAUGGUGCCCAUAGAUGAGUCGAUUGAGAAAAUACAUGUGAAGCUGAAUCCCAACAACGAUCUUGAUGUUAAAGCACAGUCUUGGAAAAUGGAGGAAAAAAUAAACAUAUACACAACGGUGUACGACAUUUUCUGCUCGGCAGCCAUGGAAGGGUUUUGGCCUUACGCAGUGAGUCAGUAUUAUGAAAAAUAUGAGCACACCGUGACAGAAAGGAUUUCAAACUAUGUGAUUCCAUCAUUGGAAGAUAAGAUUGGGGAAGAUUUCAUUAUUGAAGUUGCUAAGCAAUGGACACAGCUAGAUGAAUACAAAAGAAAUCUCCAUAUUAUAUUUGGACAUGUGGAGAAAGUUGCGGUCAAUUUAAGCCUUUCAAAACCUUUAUUCGUUGAUAUUUGUAAAACCAAAUUCUGUAACAUGGUCUGGGACAAGUUUCACUGUGAAAUCGACUUUUCAGUAACUAAGAUGAAGGAGUCAAGCUCAGGGAUGUUUAGCAAUGAAAGUACUCCACUGAAGGAGGAGCUGGUCAAAUUCUUUGAUGACAUGGAAAAAGUGUCCAAUAAAGGAUUGAAGCAGACUCUCCACAUUAUCGAAGAGGAUUGCUAGAAACUUGUGAUCAUUGUUGCUGAUUUCAUUAUUAUUCCUUGACUGUUGUUCUGGGAAUUUGUUUGGUUAUUUUUGGAUUUUGUUGGUUUAUUAUUCCAUCCAAUAAAUAUUUCGUAGUAGAGUACUACGAACACAUGGAACAUUAUUUGGUUUUUCAACGAGGAUAUUAGUUCUUCA